AUGUUAAUACUUACGGCUGUAGUCAUAGUAGUAAGUGUUUGGCUGGUGCUAAAGUGGCGGCCAAAAGCUAAUAUAUACAAAGACAAAACAGCUUUGGUGAUUGGUGGGAGUAGUGGAUUGGGGUUGGCUUUGGCUAAAGAUCUUAGAAGACGAGGGGCGGUAGUGGCGGUAACUUCGCGUACGAAGGCAACACUAACUAAACUCAAGCGGUCGGAGGGCUUGGCAGGUGUUCUGGUUGACGUGACUGAUGAUGAGUCAGUUAGUCGCUUACCAACAGAAUACGAUUUAGUCUUUUGCUGUCCUGGGUUUGCUUUACCGGGUCUGGCCAAGGACUUAUCGCUGGAUAUGGUGCAGCGGUGUAUGGAAACAAACUUCUACGGGUGCGUGCGAGUAGUGCUACACUACUUGAAAGCGGCUUCACUCCAAAAAAGAACCCGCUUAGUGCUUGUCUCAUCCACCUUAGGACUACAUUCGUUUAUUGGGUAUGGCGCAUACAGCCCAAGCAAGGCUGCUCUUCGCUCGUUUUAUGAAUCAGUCCAUUUAGAAGCCGCCCAGGAAGGUCUUGAUCUCUCUAUUUAUUACUGCUCAACCAUUAAGUCGCCUGGGUUUGCUAAGGAGGAACUAACUAAGCCUGCUAUUACUAAAGUGAUUGAAGGCAGUAGUCUUGGUUCAUCCGCUGAACCGGCUAAUCGGGCCAAAGUUCUACUUGACUCUCUACCCAGCCAGCACGUGAUAUUUUCCGAUCUAGUCACCCAACUAUUUUCCCAAGCAACGGAUAUAACCAGCCUGUCUGACUACUUUGUUUGGCGCAUUGCUCCUAUCUUUUGGUUUAUCUUCACCAGUCUAGUCAAGUACCGAGUAAAUCGCUACUACAAACAGCACUCUAACUAG